AUGUUUCAUAAUUGUGAAAACGAACAUUUCGACCAUGGACACAAUCACAACCAUGAUCAUUCCCCAGUAAUUGAAACAAACCCACAUCAAUCUUUAUAUAGAUACAUAGACACAAACAAAAUACGUUGUCUAAACCUAAUACCAAGCGACACUUCAGACACACAACCAAUAUAUAAAUUCUUUCUAAAGACUCAAGAUGAAGAUGAACAAAACGAUAUAACAAGAUAUAUUCAAAGUGACACAGAUUGUCAAUCAAUAAUCCAUAUCCCAUUUAUCUCCAAUUGCAAGGUUUUCUCCAUAUUAUUGAAAACAAACGGGGAUUCACCCUCUGAGGAAUUAAGUUCCAUUAAAACUAUACAUUUAAUUAAGAAUUACGACAAAAAUAUAGAUUUCGAUACAAUUACAAACUUCAUAUCAGAGAAGCAAAGAAAUAGAAAUAUAAUGCAUACCAUCGAACAUCUUCAAUUCCAAGAUGAUGACCCGGAAAGGGCAAACGAAUUGAUUGAAUAUCAUUUACCAUUGAAAAUAUUUCAAAAUAAUUGUCAUUCAUUGACUAUCUUUAUAGAAAACAAUUGGUCACAAGAUGAAGAUGAUUUGAAUAGAAUUUAUUAUUUGGAAAUUAGAGGAGAAUUUAUAAAUAAUUUAUCAAGGAUAAAUGAUUCUAUCUCUUUGAAAACUAUAAAUUAUGAGAAAAAUGCAAAUCCUUUAGAUCAUGAAAAAUUAGAAUCAUCUAAUAAUUUCAUUAAUUUGGGACAGUGA